UUCAAAUGUCACGCGCGGCUUAUCGUUAUCGGGUUACACCCGGAAUUGGAAAUUACGAUCGAAAUCAUCGCCAAUGGUAUUUACCGCGUGACGAAAGUAUUCCGGGAGCCGCGAUGAUCUAGUCGAAUAAUAUUAUCGACUAGACUCGUUCUCGUUAAAUUGCAAAGUACGGAAUUUCAUUAACGCGAAUGCAAUGAUCCGCUUCGUGCCGUUAUUUCGUCGGAAAUAUGAAUUAUUUGGCAAAUCCAUGGUAAAUGUGAUCGCGUAAAAUACAUCGGGCUGAGCAAACAUGGCCGACGACGAGCAGGAAGAUAUUACGACCGAUGCCGAUGACACUACCACUGAUGCACCGGACACCGAUGCUCCGGAACCUGACGCCGCGGAACCCGAUUUUUCGGGCACCGAUGCCGCGGACACGGAUGAAGCAGACACCGAUGCACCGAGCACCGUGAGUGCAGCGGCGAGCAAGACGAAAUCGGAAGCCGCGGUCAGCACGGUUCCAAAGAAGAAGAAGGAGAAGAAGAAGAGAAAACCGUUUUCGAUGGAGAAGUGCAUGGAGAAAAGAUGGAAAUGCGAUAACAUGCCGAACUGGGAGAUCUUCAUGAACGCAUUCUUGGAAGAUCAAGUGCAACAGGAGAGGGACGACAUAUUCAAGCACAGGAAACCGGCAACAAUCAGCAAGUUUCCUCGGGUUCAAUCGGAGGAAGACUUAGCGACCCCACACAAAUGCUUGCCCCUUAACGCGUUCCAGUUUCAGGACAAACAGGACUUGCCGAAUAAGAUGGAUCGCUCGAAAAUGGUCCGAAUAUGGAAGAACAUGCGAGCGAAUCACCCGGUGCACAUAUCGAAGUCAGACGUGAACGUGCACACAGAAGUGAAGAAGACGGACAGUGGUAAAUGGCCGGGGCUAUGGCCGUGCACUAAACGGAACCUGGUGGCCGAGAUGAGGGAACGUCGCAGACAAGAACGGAAGCGGAGGAAAGACUUGUUUCCGUGCGAACCCGACGACGAGAAGGAUGGCUUCGACGAUACCGGCAACGACUAUUCCGAUCGCAAGGAAUUAGGCCACGCGAGGAUACCGCCGGUUUGUCCAACGCCCGUCAAAGAGCUGCAGGUCGAUCGUGCUGCCGGCGAAAAUCCGGGAUUAGUCGACGGCGAUUAUAUCGUUUUCGAGUUACCGUCGAAGGGGAAGAUCGCCAGGAUCUAUGCCGAUGUUUGCAUACACGGGCUGGUUGGCAUGCAUUUGCCCGAACUGGGCCUGUUUCGGCAGCGUCGGAAAACGUGGAAGUUCUGUUUUUACCAGGCCAUCGUCGCCCUUCUGGCUAAGACCCAGCUUAGAUACAAAUACGCGUGGAGCGCCAAUAUCGACUACAUCUACGACCACGCGUGGAUGUUGUACACGCACAUGGGCAUGACCAACGUGAACGCGAAACACCGGCUGGACGACAUCGUCGUGUACAAUUACAAGUACAGCAUCGAGAUCGAACUGGUCCGCGAGCUGAACGACGUGCCGGUGAUAACCGGCGUCGGGUUCGACUACGAGGAGCCGAACUUGGCGAGGAAGCGAAAGCUGGAGCGGAAGAACCUGAUGAACGUUCAGCUGGAGCUGGGCGCGGAGAAGAUGACGGACGAUCAACGGACGCCGGUCCACAAAGGCUUGAAGAAGCUCGAGGAUUGGUUCGAUAAGCUGAAGAUACGGUACCGGAAUUGCAUCUACCGAACCUCGCGGUUCUGCGUGGCCUUCUGGAAGGACAACCUGUUCUGGUAUCUGUACAAUCCGUAUCGUUGCGACCAGUACGGAUUUUGGAACGACAACGGGUUCGCCUGCAUCGUGAAGUUCUGCACGAGGGAGUCUCUCAGGCGGCACUUGAUGAUACUGACGCUGAGGGCCUACGUCUACGAGGUCCCGAAGUCCACCAUGCAGAAGCACAAAGAGGCGACUGCCAAGACGGAGCCGGUGUUGCUCGCGGAGGACGCACCGGCGAUCGCCGAACCCGAAGAGGGCCCGCCGUGGGAGGAGGAGUGCUACACGGUGCAGAUAUUCCAGGUGACGCAUCUCUGCUGCCAGAUCCACAACCUGAGGCUGCUCCAGCGAAUGGCUCCGAAGCCGGCGCAACGGCUGGUGAAGAUGAAGACGAUCGACGACUGUCCCUUCGAUCCUCUGGACACGAGAGACGCCUGCAUGAUCGAGCAGGAGGAGGGCGACAUCAGAGACGCGAUCGAGAAGCCCACUUGGCUGAAGCUGUACAAGAUCACCUGGGCCAAGUGCACGCCGGUCGCCCAGAAGAAGAAGAGCAAGGACACCGGCAACGGGAAGAUGCGAUGGCACCAGUACGUCGUCGAGGAGUCGAACAAGCUGUUCUCCCUCUGGGGAGAGCUGCACAUCACCGACGGGAUGUUCGACAGGGAGAAUCGCGGCAUGCAGACCUACGCUUGCUACGUGGUAUGCGCCGGCAUGACCAGAAUCAUGGCUCCCGAAUAUUGGAGCUCGAAGACCCUCGACGUGAUCGCGAUGUGCGGCGACCGCUACUACACGCACAGCAAGCUCGAGGCCCAGUUCAAGGCUACCAAGAACGAGUACAGCCACGUGAACUGCUGGAACAGGUACCUGACCAGCCAUUUCACCAUCGGCGAGACCAUGUUCGAAGCGAACGUGUUGCCAGCCAUCUGCGGCAGGCUCUACUCCAAGUCGUGCAGAUACCUCUGGCAGACGCUCGAGCAGAUGUUCCUCAAAUACAAAUUCGGCAUCCUGACUUGCGAGAGCUCCUGUCUCGGCAUCUUCAAGUUCUGCGGCUCUUACUACGUUUGCGACGUGAAUUCCGUCGGCCCACCGUUGUUCUCUUACGGAGAGGGCGCCGUGUACUUGCUCCGGGCUACGUAUUUCUACAAGUUCAUCACCGUGCUGGUGCUCACCGUCGGAUCGCCCGAGUGCAGCCAGUUCGCCGUCAAUCCCAUCGAGAUACUGAAGGUGAUCGAAGUCGGCCCGACCACGCUGCCGAUCGGCAGGCCGGAGAAGAAGAGGGACAAGAGGAUCGCCAAGAUCGAGUGUCCCUUCGACGAAGAGAAGAAGAAGCAGAUGAGAAAGUGGAAGACCCGAAGACAGGAGACUGCGAAGACCAUCGAUAAGAUGUGCUGCAAGGGGGGUGCUGACUGAGUCGUCGCCGGUGUCGCAAAUUUUACAAUCGGCUCGCUGGAAUCUUUUGUGUCGGUGGACUGCGGAUUUUUUGCUUUUACGGCGAAGAUCACCGGGUGAAACGCGAGACCGUAAAAUUGGCAGAAGAACUUCGGUAUUUCCGUCGAUUGUUUCCGAUUUGUCGAGAUUAUUGCCGCGUUGUUAGUCCGCAUAAAGAUCCGUGCAGUCUCCUCGAUGUUUCGCAAAUUUUGAAUCUCUUGUAACUGUGAAUUAUUGUAAGCACGAAGCACGGUAGAAUCUCGAUUAUCCGGACCAGUCUUGGAGACUUAAAUGUUCGGAUAAUGGAACAAUUACUGACAUUUUUAUCGUGCUGUAUAAUUACUGGACUCGUAGAUUUUAUGCAUUUAUUAUAACACUGUUACAUUUAUAUCGGUAAUGAAUUUAGCAAUUUGAUUAUAUUAUUUGUAACUCGUUAAAAUUAUUCAAGACGAUGCAUAAAUCGAUGCGCAAAAGUUUCAUUUUACACAAAGAUCCGCAUAAAGAUCCUGCAUCUUAGAUCGAACUGUUUGUUACUUGGAACGCAUCGGAAUAAUUAACAAGUCAAACAUUGGUGAUCCGGAUAAUCGAGUUUCUACCGUAUUCCCCGUUGUCCAAAUAUGUUUAUCAGUACAUAUUAUAUAUUAUAUCAGCCGAGUCUAAGGCAACCCGUAUGCAAAAUGAUUCACCGUAGAAGCGAAUAAAAUUAUAAUCUAGCAUUUUAAGUAAGCAACUAUUUCAAUAUUCGAACAGUCGUGUCGCUCUACUUGGUCCGGAUAAUCGAGGUCCUUUGUUAAAUUUUCACAGAAACAUCGAGUUUCCAGUUACGAAGAUAAGACAGCAUGGUUUAAGGGCUGUUCGCACUUUCGGCAGCUACGAAACGGUAGAAAAACAACGAUCUUCUUAUUGAAGGACUUUAUUAGGAAGAGUUGUAAUAUUCCAUGUACGGAAGUUCCCCGGUUAAUCGAGCUUUGUGCCGACAGUCGGAGAAAAUGCAUGUAACAGAGGGAGAACUGCCAUUUAAUGCAUUAUUCUCCAGUUUCACGAAAAAUGUGCACAUUAAACGUUUCGCGAAAAAAUCGUAAAAGGCGCGUCCCUUCCCGAAGGACGUUCACAAUUAUACCUGUCGCAAGCGAUGCCGAACAGCGGCCGUCCAUAACUGUGCCGUGUGCGUUUCAAUUAAACUACGAAAUAUUUAUGUUUUUAUAGCGCAUAUCAAAUAUUCGACUGCGACCUAUAGCGCAGAGAAUAAAGCUCGACUAUUCCUUGAAAACCUUUUUACGGAAACGCGAAAUUGCGCCAAGUUCCGCGCGGACUGUUUAUUAAAAAAAAAAAAAAGGUUUAAUGGUUUCCGACUGAAAAACAAUUUAAUCAAUUGUAUAGUCAAUUUUCGGCGUUGCGACGGCGAUUGUAUUUCCAUGUAAUAAAACACGACUGACUUUUGCUGAAAAAAUAAGGUAGUUUCCAACGUGUUAACGAAAUUGCAAGUUUUUGUUUUUCAUUUGGAAACGUCAAGAGGGUGGUCCGUGCUAUCGCAAUUUAUCUCGCAACCAUCUUUUCAACGAGAUUUCGGUGAGAUCGAUCGCAUCUUAAGUAGACAAAUUUUGAAAUGCUCUUCGAGAUAUGUAAUUCUCGAUGUAGAAAGAUUCAUGUUCGUUUAUUAAAGUAACGAUCAGACAUUUAUUCCGAUUCUGGACGAAUGCUAUCGUAUUAUUUGCCGCAAGUAAUAACAAAUAUAUUGAAUAAAUCAUUCAUAAAUGUAUCUUUACAACGCGAAUAAACAUAAAUUAAUCCUUUGCACCCACGUGUCGCCGAUACGGCGACGCUAAAUCGUUGAUGCUGCAAGGUGAUCGAAUAAAAUACAUAAAUGAAAA